UUCCUCCUGGAUAGAAUACCCGGAUGUGACUGGUGUAUGCAGCGACGGCGAUUCAUCCAUCGGGAAAGAGAUGCUUUUCACGUUAAAACAUCGCGGAGAAUAAAAACGUUGCCGCACGGAGAGUUUACCGAAGGUUCUGAUUCCACCUGAGCGGUGUAGAAUCACAUACAUCACGGUGUGGGCCGGGCCCGGAGAGGACUGGGCGCGAUGAGCGGAGCCGCUCUGGGCAUCGAGAUCGUGGUGGUGUUCUUCCUGGCGCUGUUCCUGCUGCACCGGUAUGGAGACUUCAGGAAGCAGCAGCGCAUGGUGCUGUUCGGCACGCUGCUGGCCUGGUACCUGUGCUUCCUCAUCGUCUUCAUCCUGCCACUGGACGUCAGCACCACCAUCUACAAGCAGUGCAAGAUAGACCACGAGGGCCCCUCCCCAGCCAAUGACACGCCGGCUAACACCUCCGUCACGCCAACUGAGAGGAGCAAACUGAAGCCCUGCUACAAGCCAUGGAGCUACAUCCCAGAUGGCAUCAUGCCCGUGUUCUGGAGGGUGGUGUACUGGACGUCCCAGUGUCUCACGUGGCUGCUGCUUCCCUUCAUGCAGUCCUACGCUCGCUCAGGAGGCUUCUCCAUCACCGGGAAAAUCAAAACGGCUCUGAUAGAGAACGCCAUUUACUACGGGACCUACCUGCUGAUCUUCGGCUCGCUGCUCAUCUACGUGGCCGUUCAUCCCAAUUGGCACCUGUCCUGGUACGAGCUGCAGACCAUCGGGAUCACGGCGGCCAACACCUGGGGCCUGUUCCUGCUGGUGCUGCUGCUGGGCUACGGCCUGGUGGAGAUCCCCCGGUCCUACUGGAACGCCUCCAGACACGGACACCUGCUCAUCAAGACCUACUUCAAGGCCUCCAAGCUGAUGACGGAGAAGGCGGAUGCGGAGGAGAACCUGGAGGACGUCAUGGAGGAGGUGAGAAAGGUCAGCGAGUCCAUCAAGUACAACCACCCGCUGAGGAAGUUCAUCGAUACCAUUCUCCGGAAGUGUCCAGUGGAAUACCAGGAGAAGAUGGGCCGCAACAUGGACGACUACGAGGACUUUGAUGACAAACAGAACACUUACCCCAGCGAGAAGAGCCUGGUGAAGCUCCACAAGCAGGUGAUCUACGCCGUCCAGAGACACAACCGGACUCGGGUCCAGUGGCAGAUCCUCCUGCAGCAGGCGGUGCACCUGGAGGACGUCGGCAAGAACGAGACCAGCACCACCCACCAGUUCGUCCACAGCUUCCCCCCCCCCGACCCCCCCGGCUGGUUCAGCAGAUACCUGUACACGCCGACCGUAGAGUGGUUCUGGGAGUGUCUCCUGAGGUGCUGGUUCUACCGGCUGCUGUCCGUGGUCCUGAUGCUGUUCAGCGUGGCCGUGGUCUGGUCCGAGUGCACCUUCUUCAGCACGCGUCCCGUCCUCUCUCUGUUCGCUGUCUUCAUCCAGCUGGCUGAGAGAGACUACAACUACCUGUACAUCGAGAUGGCGUGCUUCGUCACCAUCUUCUUCCUGUGCACCUGCGUUUACUCCACGGUGUUCCGGAUCCGGGUCUUUAACUACUACUACCUGGCCUCGCACCACCAGACGGACGCCUACAGCCUGCAGUUCAGCGGCAUGUUGUUCUGCCGCCUGACGCCUCCUCUGUGUCUCAACUUCCUGGGUUUGAUCCACAUGGACUCGGCCAUUUCCCACCAGCAGAAGGAGCAGACGGCGUACACCUCUAUCAUGGGAUCCAUGCGAGUCCUGUCCUUCAUCGCUAACGGCUUCUACAUCUACUACCCAAUGCUGAUCGUCCUCCUCUGCAUCGCCACCUACUUCAGUCUGGGGACCCGCUGCCUGAACCUCCUGGGCUUCCAGCAGUUUGUGGGCGACAGCGAGAUGACCUCCGACCUGAUCGACGAGGGGAAGGAGCUGAUCCGCCGAGAGAAGAGGAAGCGCCAGAGGACUGAAGACGGAGAGAACAGGCGCAGGGAGUGGAAGGAGCGCUACGGGAACCACAGGGACGACCACGCGGCGAGGAACCGGACCAGCCACGAGCUGAAGGAGACCAGCUACUCCGACACGGUGACGCCCGCCAACGCCAGACAAGCCAAGUACUCGCGCUCGGGGAGAGACCGCACGGAGCUGCUGCAGGACGCCGAGCCGCUCGACUUCAACGAGGCUCUGACCGACGACGGCGUGGAGGCGGAGCCUAGCAGACACGCGGGAGGACGGUACCUGUCCAUGUCCUCGUCUCAGAGCCGGAUAUUUGACGACGUGUGACCCUGGGCCCGGGGGAGGAGCCGUGGACAGGAAGUGGACUGCACGGUAAAGACGAGGAAGCAGCGUUCAGGACGCUGCGUCCCCAUGACAGCCUGAGUCUGAGCGCAUGGCGUCCCUUUGUUCACCUGUUGUUUAUUUACCUGUACGCUCUGCUAGGAUCAAUAACUGUGUGAAAGGUCCAUGUUGAUCAUGACUAACAUCUCACUCUGUAGUGACCUGAAUGUGAAAACCAGCCCUAUUUCAUUCAUCUAUAAAUAGAUAUAUAUAUUCAGAGUAAAACAUGAUGCUCUCAAAUAUAUAAAUACAUAUAUAUGUAUGUAAAAUACAGCAUGAAUUAUUGAGUACUGAUGAAAUUGAGCUAUAUAUAUAUAUACUAUAUAUACGUAUAUAUAUAUAUAUAUACGUAUAGUUUAGAGCAUCGUGUUUUACUCUGAAAAAAUAUCCAUAUUCCAUCUUUAAGAUUCCCUUGAUUGAUCCCUUUAUUUCUUCUGAGACAUAAUUUGUCUUUUUCAGAAUAAAAGCAGCAAUUGAUUGACGAUAUAUUUGUUCCUCCAUCAGCUACAAGUGAAGUGAUACAUUUUAACCACAAAUUUAGACAAAUACUUUUCAAAGUAAAACGCGAGCAUCAUUUGACUUUGAGUAAGUGAUGACGCUUAUUCUUAGUCAUACUUUACCUGGUCUCCUCAUAUAAAUUACAGUUUUUUAUCCACUUUGAGUUCAAAUGGUUCUGAAUGUGCCAUUAAAUGAAUAAAAUGACAUUUGUAAACAGAAAGAGGCAAAGAAUUGACCUUCAAAGGGACCAACCUGUGUUUCAUUAGCUAUUAGUCACUUUAAUUAUCACUCUUUAAAAUGCAUCUUUUUUAAAUCUUUACUAACUUCUGACCCCCCUCUCUGUAGAUAUGGUGAUCAAUCAGAUUGAUCUGAUUCAAAUCAAUCCCCAAAAAUACUUUUACUGUGAACUGCUCUGAAGUCAGUAAACCUUUCAAAUAUAUUGUUGUACUUUUACUUUGUUACAAUUUAGAUGUGAUCAUUUACAUGAAAAUCAAAACGUUAAAAUGUUCUCAUGUUCACUGAGUGGAGCCUGAAGGCAACGCGUUACCUACAUAAUGUUCUCAUGUUCACUGAGUGGAGCCUGAAGGCAACGCGUUACCUACAUAAUGUUCUCAUGUUCACGGAGUGGAGCCUGAAGGCAACGCGUUACCUACAUAAUGUUCUCAUGUUCACUGAGUGGAGCCUGAAGGCAACGCGUUACCUACAUAAUGUUCUCAUGUUCACGGAGUGGAGCCUGAAGGCAACGCGUUACCUGCAUAAUGUUCUCAUGUUCACUGAGUGGAGCCUGAAGGCAACGCGUUACCUGCAUAAUGUUCUCAUGUUCACUGAGUGGAGCCUGAAGGCAUCAUAAUGUAACUGAAGUGAACCUUAGCCACUAAAGUGAAACACAGGGGUGUCCCUUUAAGGAAGUUAGCAUGUAGCUACGUUAGCAUGUCGUGGACCCUGCUGGCAGGUUCAGCCGAGCUUCAGCUCCUUUAAACCCAGAGCAGACUGACCUGAGAUCAGUGAGUGUAAAUUUGUAUCAUGUGUUUUAUAUGAAAUAUUAAUGACAGAAAGCAUAAAAGUGACCUUGUAUUUAUUGGUAACUCCUCCUCUUUGUUUCCUGAUUGGUCUGAUGAAGUAUUGAUGUUCUGGAUGUAUUUAUUGAUUUCUACCAAAAUAUGUUGAUCUCAUCGUUGUAGUGAAUUAUUAGAAUAAUAAGAUUUUCAUUAUUAUUAUUAUUAUUAUUAUUAUGGGCUUCUCUGCUGCAAGUGAUCAAGUGUCAAUAAAAAUGAUCAAAGUGUUAAAGACUGCAGCCUGAAAUGUUGUGUACACGAAUGGGUGAGUUAUUAGGACACUUUGUUUAGAGUGUGACUCUAAACUCGACCUUUAGUUGUGUUUUAAGGAGCAGGAGGAAGCACCAAGCUGAAGGAGAACCACGUGUGUGGUGACAUUGAUCUUCUGCAGCGUGGACACGUUCUGUAAUAUCGUUUAUUUGGCUUUGAAGGCUUUUACUGUCGCACAGCAGGUUGCUAAGCAACAGGAGCAGUGGAGGUAAAGCUAAUGACGCAGGCAGGAAGUCCCCCGUAGGACAGGUCACGGAGUCCCACAAGGUUCUGUGCUUGGACCGAUUCUAUUUACCCUGUAUUUGCUUCCUUUGGGCGACGUUAUCAGAAAACAAUAAACUUCCAUCGUUAUGCAGACGAUGCUCAACUGUAUCUGUCAAUCAAGCCAGAAGAGACCGACCAGCUUGUUAGACUUUAGGAUUGUCUUGGAGACAUCAAAACCUGGAUGACCUGCAACUUCCUGAUGUUAAAUUCGGACUCAUCUGCUUUAAAGAGAUGUUCGACUGUAUAAAAACUCUGAUCUGA